AUGAAGUUGAGUUGCAAUGGGUGUCGUGUGCUCCGCAAAGGUUGCAGUGAUGAUUGUAUCAUCAAGCCCUGCCUUGAGUGGAUCAGUUGCCCUGAAUCCCAAGGGCAUGCCACCCUCUUCCUUGCCAAAUUUUAUGGCCGAACUGGUUUGCUCAAUCUCCUCACCAAUGCUACCAAUCAAAAUGACAAUCCCCCAGCUGUGUUUAAAUCAUUGUUGUACGAGGCAGCUGGCAGAUUGGUGAAUCCCACAUAUGGGGCGCUUGGCUUAUUCUGGACAGCGGAUUGGAGUCGUUGUGAAGCUGCAGUUGAAGCUGUGCUGACUGGAUCAAAUAUUAAUGACAGUUUUACAAUGAUUGAUGGGCAAACAUCAUCAGGUACAUUCAAUGCUGAAAAUCAUGUUCACCCCAAAACCUAUGAUAUACGCCAUGUGGCAAAAGGUACCAAUGUGGACAUCAAAGGGAAAACUCAAUUCAAAAGAGUUGGGCAACUUCUGAAGCUCAAGCCACGAGUUGGUUCAGUCGACUCAUCUACAAUGUUGAAAUCCCUUUUGAAGAAUACCAACAUGGAAAUUGGGGAGACUUCAUCAAGGGUUCAAACAGAGAAAAUUAAUGAAGCUGUUGAGAAUCAAGUGAAUUUGAAACUCACUCUUGGCUUUGAUUGCCAAUCAACUAAGGGCAAGAAAAUAUUAGAUAAACGAUCGAUUUAUUAUAUGUAA